CGGCGUCUCUCGGUGCUCGGUGCCCGCCGCUCUGGAUCUCUCCCCCGGUAACAAAGCCUGAUCCCGGCUCUCCCCUCCUCGGUUGCAUGGUGGAGCUCCGGCGGAUCAACAAAUGCAGAAAAGGGACAAAAGUUUCGGUAUCCAAAUGCUGUCCGUCCAGCCGGACACCAAGCCUAAAGGCUGUGCCGGCUGUAACCGGAAGAUCAAGGACCGCUACCUGCUGAAGGCGCUCGAUAAGUACUGGCACGAGGACUGUCUGAAGUGCGCCUGCUGUGACUGCAGGCUGGGGGAGGUGGGCUCCACGCUCUACACCAAGGCGAACCUCAUCCUGUGUAGGCGGGACUACCUACGGUUGUUUGGUGUCACAGGAAACUGUGCGGCGUGCAGUAAACUCAUCCCGGCCUUCGAGAUGGUGAUGCGAGCCAAAGAGAACGUCUAUCACCUCGACUGUUUUGCUUGUCAGCUCUGCAAUCAGAGGUUCUGUGUUGGAGAUAAAUUCUUCCUGAAGAACAACAUGAUCCUGUGUCAGACCGACUACGAGGAGGGGCUGAUGAAGGAGGGCUAUGCCCCCCAGGUCCGCUGACCCUGUCCCCCCAUGGACCUGUACUGAGAAGGGAGGAGGGUCAGGAGCUCGUAAUCAAACUAAAGCUCUAGGGCCUCAUCUCCAGACUCUGACACUCCCACAUAUGUACAUAAACUCCCUGUAGGGGGCGCUCUCUGUACAGAAUGGCCAUAGAUGCUCUGAGCGGGAGGGGGCACCCAGAGCGCCAUAGCAGGAUGAAACGCUGUUGGAACAUUUCUCUGUGUGACAUACGGACACUCUGAACUUUGACCCCCCUCCCACCUCAAAAAAAAGAAGCUUACCCUCACUUUGAAGUACUGAUGGGAACACUGCUCCCCCCAGGACCAUCUAGCAGAUUUACCAGGACCAGAACCACUCAGAGGAUCAUCCACCAGAGAAAAACAGAGAUUGAAUCUGUGAAUGUAGAGAGAGGAGAGAGGGUUUGAUUGGUU